CAGAUUAUUACAAUUAUAAAGGAUGGUACUCAACCAUACUUUUCGCUUUGGUGGAUUUUCGAUAUCGAUUUCUUUAUGUGCAUGUGGGUGCCCCAGGUCGCUGCCAUGAUUCCCAGGUGUUUGAAAGCACCAGUUUAAAAAGGAUGCUGGAUUGCACAACGCUGUUUUCAAAUAACUCAAAGCGCAUCGGUGGAGUCGACGUUCGUGUGGUGCUUCUUGCGGACUCUGCUUUUAAAUUGUCGACAAAGAUUAAGAAGCCAUACCCCUUCAACACAACGCAAGACGAGGAAAGGAAGUCCUUUAAUUAUGCUCUGUCCAGAUCUAGGAGAGUUGUAGAGAAUGCCUUUGGACAAUUGAAGGCCCGGUUCCGUCGAAUUGUUAGAGGUGUCGACAAUCAUAUUGACAAGGUCCCGCAUAUUAUAUAUACGUGUUGCGUUCUGCAUAAUUUUUUGAAUUGUCACAACAGUGACAUUUCUGAAAAUUGGGAGGCAGGCUCCAAUGUGCGUACUCAACCUGAGAGUUCGAGUACAGCCUAUGAUUUCGACAGUUCUGCAGAGAACAUUAGAAAAGCCCUUGCAAGACAUGUUCAUAACAAAUAAAAAUUUUUGAAAAUUAUUUACAAAAA